GGCAGACACACCGCUGUUCGCCAGCAGGGCAAGCCAGCUCAGACGCUCGUCUCAUCCUGUAUCCCUCCUACUGCGUACGCCUCCACGGCCUUCAACGCCGCCGCACGAGUGUCCCACGUCCCCUGGUGCUCUAGGGUUCUCCUUCUUCGCUCUCUUCCAUUGCCUCCUCAUCUGCCCCCUCUCAGCUGCCUGACCCUGCCUCCCCGUCCAAUUCGAUCUCUGCAUCAAGCUGUGGCUACAGCUAUCUCAAACCAUGACUUCUCAGUCACCCUACCCAAAGCAAAAUUCAUCGCUUUUGCUACUCACCUCUUACCUUGUCGCCUGUUGCCAAAGACGGUCCAUUUCAACCAGUUCUACAACGAAACUCCAGCUUCCCACUCUCCGACGCCACAUGUCUUGCCUAUGAACAAGAAGGACUGUCGCCAGACGGCGAUCAAUGCGCCCUCUGGAGGGCCCUUGUUUCGUUGCUUUCGGGCCUCUCAGGACCACUUCGCCUCUCCCUUGCCUGGUCAUCCAUGCACGUCUUACCGUUCCUGUGUUACCAUACACACCAAAAACAGCCCGUACCUAGAGGGAGAGGCCGCGUCUGCAACCUCAUUCUUGUCCUCACAUUAUCAACGUCGACAUCAAGACCAUCAUCACUGGGUUUUGCCUAUCCGUCCCCAGAAUACAUUAUACCCCAAGGCCCACCCUCCCUGUUGGACGAUUCGCGAGCCGCAACAACGACAGGAAGAUCGACAACCUUCUUGGGUCUAG